GAACAGGAACCACCCCCUAAAAAAUUUUUUAAGCAUUAAUUGGUAAAAAUUGGAAGCAUGAACAGAAACCCCGAAAACCAUAGAAUUUUUUGUAAUUCUGAAAGCAUUGGUCAAUUAACUUGAUUAAAAAAAUUACAGGUAGACCGCUUCAAAAAAUAUAAUAAAAAAUAAACCCUUGAAAUUACCACACACAAAAAUGAAGAUAAAAAUUCUCCAACAAAUUUUUAAAAUUCUUGGCAAGUUAAAAUUAAUUAUUCAACGCCGAACUAAAGGAGAGGAAGAAGAAGGCGGUGGUGGAGGCAAAAGAGGAAAACUUGUUGUUGUUGAACCAGAAUUAUUUGGAGAUUCUUUAUUUGAAAUAACACGUUGAUUGUCGUUAGAGACAAUUGUUUUUUUCUUUAAAAAAAUUUUAAAAAUUAUUUAACAAAUUUUUUUUCAAAUUUUAUGGUUAAGUGGAAUCGUGUUUAGUUGUGACUGAUAUGGGGACGCAGGUUCGAGCCCCAUUAAGGCCAAAAAUUUUUCUAGAACAUGUAUCAAUGUCCCUGCUUGAAAAAUAAUUUUUCCC